CUCUGCUCCAGCUUCUUAUAGCAUACACUCUCUAUGCUGAUGUAGUGAGGUUACCAGGCAGCCUCCCAUCAAGUCAUUGGGAUGGGUCUUAAGCCAAGUUUUUUUUUAAACAAGAAGCAGAGUUCCUAGUGGUGUGUCUGAAACUCUAGUGCAGAAAGAUUAACGUCAUUCCGUAAAAAGAUUCAGCCCAGAGCAACAGGAAAAGCCCGAGUCUAACGCAACUCUCCUCGCUGGAGGGGUCUCUUCAUCAUCUCUUCACAGGGCAAGUCCACUACAAGCCUGAACAGUCGAGCCUGCUCCCUCCAGCAAGUUGAAGCUUGGACUCUCCUGCAGUUCUGAAGACAAGGUUGGCCGAGGGCUCCGGUUCAAGCAAUCGGUAAUUCUGCCCAGAAAGGUGGAAAUUGAAAAAAAAACUGUCCCGCUACAAUGACCGAAAGAGUAGCUAAGAGCGAGGCGAUUUUGUUGAACUGGUCUUUGAUUCUGAUCAGCAUUCUACUGUCUGAUGUACAAGCAACUCUUCCAUCUUCCAGAUACAAUCUAUAUUCCUCCAGAUCCUCACCCCAACAAGCUGCCAACAGACUCACAGGACGCAACAAGAACUGGUGUGCUUAUAUUGUAAAGAAGAAUGUGACUUGCUCGGUGCUGGACGGUGCAGAAAGUUACAUCAAUGCGGAAUAUCAGUCGUGUCCCUGGGGUCAGACCAACUGCCUCCCUGGCUUGGUAUAUCGCACACAGUUUCGACCUACAUAUAAAGUUGCAUAUAAGGUGGUGACUCAGCUGGAGUGGAGGUGUUGCCCUGGAUUUAAGGGUGAUGAUUGCAAGAAUGGCCAAUCAGGACAGACUGCAACUUUUCCUCUGCCAUCUCCUGCCUCCAGACAAAGGAAUCUUGUACCCAAAUCUACAGACAGCCAAGUUCAUAAACUGUCUUCUACUGAUGCCCAAGGACAGAAAAUUCAACAAUUGGAAUAUGAGGUACAACGUCUUAACCAGGUCCUGGAAAAAAUGCAAGCCUCAGUAACAGGAUUGAGUGACAAUCUGAGGCACCGCGUCCAGGAAGAUACCAGCAAAAUGUUUGCAACUUUACUGGGCAACCUGAGACUACCUGGCAGUGCUCUUGGCUUUGAAACUCCCCACGUUCCAGUCAUCCGAGAGAAUGGAAACAUAUUUUAUCAAUCUGGAAUGGGUGAAAUGAUGUCUGAACUCACAGAAGUUAAGGACACAUUAAAGACCAAGAGUGUUAUGCUGGAUGAACUACACGGAAUGGUUACUGGACAUAAUGGACAGUUGAAGAAGCUAAUGGAAGCAGUUCAAGAACCUGUUUCUACUUAUUCUCCAUUUUCCAAUGGAGACUUGUAUCAGUCUUACAUUGAUAGUAAAUUUGAAACUCUCAGGGAACAGUUAAUGGUAGGCAUUGACAUUAAAUUUGCAGAUCUGAAAAAUUCCUGUGAGUAUAAGUUAAUGUCUCUCAAAGAGCAAUGUGAACAAAAUGAAUCACACUAUGAACAUGUGGAAGAAUUGCUCAAUGAGAAAGAGACUGAACUGAGAGAGGAGAUCAAUGACCUCAGAACUCUUGUACAAAAAUCACCUGGCCAUCUCAACUGCUGUGCUCUCAUAGGCACUUUAAGGCAGCAACUAAACAACAUGGAUCAAAGGGUCUACAGAAUUGCCGAUGCCAACAGGCUAUUGAAUGCCAGAUUGGAUAAUGAAGUGAAGCGUUUCACUACCCUUAAUCUUGAAGAUAUUUUUAGUGAGAGGUUAGAAGAAAUUGAAUCUAGAAUAAAUGUAACAGAGAAGAAUGCUGAAGAACAUUGUUUUUACAUUGAGUAUAGUCUCAGGGGAUUCAUUGAAACUGAGGUUGAUGGUGUCAAGGACCUUCUAAAAAAGAAGCUACAAUUGUUAGAAACUAAACAUAACAAUGAUUUUAUACUAAUUAGUAACAUUACUUCUACUGGAGCAAUAGUCAGUGAACUGGCAUCAUUACAUCAAAGUGAUCUGAAUUCCAGUAAUGAUCAUAUCAAUAAUGGGAUGGACCAUUUAGAGAACAGGUUGCAGAAGUUAGAAAAUGUAUGCCUGACUGGUUGUGCUUCUGUUACCAAGGAGAUACAGGGUAUCAAAAUGGAUUUAGAAACCUGCAAAAGUGACAAUAAAGGUUUAUUAUUAAAAACGGAACAAAACUUCAUCCUCUUUAAUUCUCUGAAUGAUACAGUUCAUGAAGAUCUCAAGAAGAUGGAAGAAAAUGAAGACUUAGAGGUGAUACAAGGAGAAAUCAUCUCACUAAAAGUCACCAUAAACAAUAUUGGGCGCUCUGUACAAGCACAGUGGGAAGGUCUGGAAAAGAAUAUUGAAACACUCUUAACAGUUGAGUCUACUUUAACAAAGAAACAGCAGGAACUCCUGGAUAAGAUUUACGAACUUCAAGAAACAGAUAAAAACCUAGAAUCCCAAUUCCAGAACAAUAAUAGUAGUCAGUUAAUUGAAAUGAAGGAACGAUUGGAGCAGUUAACAAGUCAGCUUGCUAAAGACAUUAGUAGAUGUAAACACAGUACUCAGGGGAUCCAGAAGGAAGUCUCCCAUGUUGACAGGAGGGUGGCCCACAUUGAGAAUGUUUGCAGUAAACUAGAUGACAUUUCAGGCAGUCUGCAGAGAAUUAAAGAUGGUCUGAACAAACAUGUCAGCAGUCUUUGGAACUGUGCCCGUCAGAUAAAUGAAACCGUGAAAUCACAUUCCAAAGAAAUUGUUAUGUUGAAAAGUGCCGGUCACCGAUUUUCAAGCCAAGUUCCUAAAAUUAUCCGUAAAACAGAAGGUUUACUUCCACUAAAGCCUAUUCCAGUGGAAAAAGGCGAAGCGGGACCUCCAGGCCCACCCAAGCUACCAAGAUUUCCACCUAUCACAGGAACAAGCUAUGGUGUCAUUAGGGAAGUAGGUUAUGCAGGCCCACCAGGAACAAUGGAUACAUCAGAUGUUAAUAGUUCUCAUGAAACAAAGGAACAACAAAUUACACCACCUCCGAAUGGAGGUACUGAAGUACCCGGGCAUUUCUUGACGUUUGGAGCUCCAGGAACUUCAGAAAACAAAGCUGCUCGAAAGCAUGUUUCUUUUUCUGUGGGCCUCACCAAAAAACCUUUCAUUGGCAAUGCAGGGAUAAUCCGAUUCAACAAAGUUUUAGUUAAUGAUGGACACCAUUACAAUACAAAUACAGGUAUCUUUACAGCUCCUUUUGAGGGACAGUAUCUCAUCACUGCAGUCCUUGCUCCUCAGAGGAAUGAGCAUAUUGAAGCUAUCCUUUCAGUCUCUAAUCAAAGUGUCAUGCAGAUGGACACUUCUGGCUUUCGAAUAGAACUGCUGGAAUCUCAAAGACCCAUUUUGGGAAGGCAGACUUGUGGAGGUGUUGGAAUCUUCAAUCUGAUCCUGAAUCUGAAAGCUGAAGAUGAAGUGAGUGUCAUCGUGAUCGAUGGUAAACUGGUCGACACAGUUGAGAUGUACUCAACUUUCAGUGGGACUCUUCUGUAUGAAACAUCCCCUCAGAGCUAGCCAAUUAGAAUAAAGUUGGGCAAUCAGGAGAUUAAAAAACACUGAUCUUGAGGGAGGUGAGAUGUGAAGAGGAUGUAGAUUUUCCUGAAUUUCUGGCAUUCGUUGUCAAAGAAAAUACUUAUCUUUUAUAAAGUACCAAUUCAACUUUGUUAAGCAUAAACUCCACCAAGCUAGAAUUAUGGAUAAGCCUCGAUGUGACUUAUGAUGUCACUGGUUUGGGUCUAAAUAUAUUGUUCUUUUAAAAAUAUAUAUUUCCGAGAAAUUGAGUUAAUCUCUUUAGUGUGCGGUGGCCACAAAGUUUUAUUAAUUCCUAUCACAGGAUCUAUAACUAACCAAAAAGAAAGGCUUACUUUUACUGUUUAAAUAUUGCUUACUUAUCACUUAUUUUGUUGGCAACUUUUACCAAUAAAUUGUCAGUAUAAUACAGGAUAUUCAGUGUUAUACAAUUAAUUCCAAUAGAAGUCUAAAGAAAGAUUAAUAUGUAAUACCCAUAAUCUUAAUAAAGUUAAGGCAAUCUACAUGCAUGAUGAUAAACAGAAGUGGCAGAGUUUGAUUAUUUGAUUUCUUUUAUUAAUCUGGGUGGUUCUUUUAGUAUUUUCAGUCAUACGAUAGGUGAAUGUCUGGUCUUAAUUUAGCAGAUAGGAUUUAUUUUCACAUUUGUCACUGUAUAUAAUAUUCAAAAUGAGUGGUUAUUUAAAUCACCAGUGAGAAAUGUAUAAUUAUUUAAAUAUUAACUAUAUCGCAGCUUAUAUUUUAGAAAUGCCUGCCCUUGAAUUGUAAUCUAAAUUGUAUGUUUGUUGUGCUGUUUGUUCUACCAUACUACUGAUCCACCAUUGAGGAUUUUAUAAGUGGCAGCUUUCUUGGCACAAGGUAGAUCAGAAAGACAUAUAUAUAUAUAUAAAAAAUGGCAUCAUAAUUCUAGAGGUAGGGGAAAGAAUUGAAAGUGAUAAAUUAAGACCUUCAGUACUUCCUUCCCUUCUCUUGCCAGUUUCAUGAGUUUGCAUUUAACAUUUUAAAUAGUGUCAGAGGGCAUAAGCAGCCACCUUAGUCUUUUCUACUUGCAAUAAGUCAGACAAGCAGAGAUUAUUUCCUUUGUGUACCAUAUGCAACAAUACCAAAACCACAAGAUCAAGCAUAUUACUUAUAAUCCUGAGAUACACAGCAUGGAGAAAAUCUCCCCUCAUGGUUUCUUACAAACAUCAUGGUAUUGUGCGGGCCGCCGUUCACAAACUUAUGAGAGUAAUAGAAUUUAUAUAUUUCUCCAAAAAGCUAAUGCAGCCAGUGUAGGGUAGAGGGAUGGAGAGGGGCUUUGUUUUCCACCUAAUAUCAUUAUGGUUUUAAAAAUAGAUGUAGAAAAUAUUAAGUAUGAUAUGUAAGCAAUUUGGAAGUGGCUCCUAUAAAUUACUAAAUAAUAUUUGCUGAAUAAAGUAGUUGGAGCUACCAUGGUGCUUGUAAAAAAAAAAACAAAUGUUAUGUUUUUGUAAAAGAAAUGGAGUGAGUAAAAUUGCUACGGUUUUGCGAAUUAAGUAAGUUCUAUGGUGGGAGAUUGUAGAAGAUGGAAAAUAAUCCAUAAUUAAUUGAUCACACCAUAACCCACUGUGCAUUUUGGGUUACCAUGGGGUUUAUUUUCUGUAUUUCACAGCCACCCUCAAGUGAAACACUUCUGAACGAAUGUACAAGUACUACUACAUAGUGUAUAAUAUUUUUGUUAGCAAUUUAUAUUAAUAAUGUAACUUAAAAUCACAGAGGUUCUGCAUACACUGAAAAUUAACAUAGAUCAAUGCCCUGAAAAAAUUUGUCCCUCUCCCACAUAGAAAUAAAUUCUAUAUCUAGCUUAACCUGCUUUAAGUAAAUUGGUCUAUUUAAACAGUGUCCUAAUACAAGUCAUCAGGGAAGCUCUCAGUUGACAAAAAACUAGUAAAAAAAAAUUAUAUUUGAAAUUGUAUUCAGAACAAUAAAUAUUUAAUGUAGUUCAAUGCUAUUUCCCUGCAGUUGGAGUGGAUGUUGUGAUCAUCUAAACUGUCCUUAGAUAACUACAAAUAAAUAAGUUCUAAUUUGAGACAAUACUCAUUAAAAUUUGAAAAAAAACUCCUUUGUUUACUUAUACAACUCUAUUCCUUAUAUAAUAUCUCAAGUCUAACCAUCAUACUAAACACCAUGAAUUAAAUGUUCAAGUGCAGACUCUCGUUGGGAACCAUAACUGAAAAGCCAGUUCUAAAGAUUUUUGCUUUUGUUUAAUCUUGGCUGGAAAUAGUAUAGAUUAUUUGAACAUGAGAUAACACUGUAACUAUAAAUAUUUGACUUGAAAUGAAUUGGAACACCAGUUCUCCUGUUUUAACAUAUUGUUUUUGAAUCCUGUACACUGUACUGAUGUUCAUAAUGGAAAAAAUCCAAUUCAUGGAUGAAACAUUGGACCCAUGGAAAGCUACAAACAUGUGUAGCACUUUGAGCUAACCUAUAACAAAAUUCUUACUAUUUAAGAAACACAUCCAAUUUUAUUAGUUUUAAUUAUAUAUUAACCUAUAUGUAUUGAGUCAAUUAUGCAUUGGCAAAUAAUGCAGAUUUUAUGAAGUACUUUUUGAUUCUUUAGAAAAAAUAAAAAUAUUAAAAAGUUAUACAUUAUUUUUAACCGACUAAAUAUUCACACAAAAGUAUUUAACAGUAUUUUAAAACCCACUGCCAAUCUGAGAACAUAUAGAUAUACACAUGAAAAUGAUUGUACUUAAAGUGAAGCUGAAUUUAUUUUUGAUGACUCUCUCAUACCAUAAGUCUCUGACCUGAUCCCCUGGGAAGAUGAACCCGAGGAAAGUAUCUUGGUUACCAUUAAGGUUAGAUUACUGAGCCACCUCAACAUAGUCUUGAAUAAGAAGUCUUACCUGUUUAUUAAUCAAGUAAAUAUUCAGCUUUACAAAACAAUUGGUGAAAACUAUAAUUUGUUAUCUGCAUGUAAUUAUUUUUGUAUGGUUACUAAUUUCCUGCCUACCUUAUACAUGCAAUACUUCAUUGUUAUUAAUAAAAUAAUUGAAUCAUC